AUGGAGCAGAGAGGGAAAGGAGGAAGAGAAGCAGAGACAAGGAGGGCGGCAGCGAUAAGAUCGAAGGGAGUGUACUUACCGGGUUACCAAGUAAUGGGUUUGGUUACUUCAACCGAUCCAUUAAGCAUCCGACUCCGGAAGGAUCAGUUGAUGGCGCCCCCUGUAUCUGGGAAACAAGGGAAGGGAGGACCUGCAAAACCAGCAGCAGCAGCAGCAGCAGCUACCAGCAAACUCCAGAUCUCGAUCUCUCUCUCUCUCUCUCUCUCUCCGGACCACAGAACUCCCCCUAUUGAUGCGAUCUCCUUUAUAAAAGCCUCUUACUCCUCACCAUUCCUCCACCAAAUCAUUCACAGCAGGGUAUCUCUGGUGGUGGCUUCGAGCGUCGGGGCCGUGGAAGCGCUCAAGGACCAAGCGGGGCUCUGCCGAUGGAACUACGCCUUGAGAUCCCUCCACCACCGCGCUUCCGACGCCAUCGAUUCCUUCUCCUCCUCCCACCAUUCCACGAUGCGUCUCAUGACUCCGUCUUCUUCGCCUUCCACCGGAGAGUGCGGCGUCGGAUUCAGAUCCAAGCCCAAGCGCUCCGAGGAGAAGCUUGCCAAAGCCUACCACCUCAUCUGCUGGGGCCCUAAUUAGAAUGGAUCAUGCCUCAAGGGGAGGAGGAGAGGAGAGGAGAGGAGAGGAGAGAGCUGGUCUCAAAAUUGUUUGUUUAAACAAAAUAAAUCCUUGGUUGCUGAUCUCCUCUGUAUUUGCUAAUGUUUGUACCUAAAAAAUUUUGAGCGAGUACGUAACAUUAGAAAUUUCAUUACUUGUGCGGGAUUUUUUCCUUAA